GCAGCAACGGUUACUAAAGUGCCGCUGAAUUGUUGCGCUUGCUCGCGGAGACAUUUAUUACUUCAUUGGAAGAGGGGAGGCAAUAUAUAAUUAAUCUAGCAAAAAUGUGGAUUAUAUCAUUUUGGAUAUUUCCGAUUAUCUCGGCGUGCACAUGGAUUGCCAUGUUGAUUGCGAUGCUGGCCACCUGGGCCAGAGAAGGAUCGCCGAUAUAUGCUAGUAUGGAGACGGGUCAGACUAUUGCGUAUAUUUCCGACAUUGGAGCACAGGGUCUGAAGCCGCUGUUCAUUGCGGGCAGCUGCGUCACUGUCGUUUUCCUCGAUCUCUCUUUCCUGUCAGAACGCUGGUUGCGACAUGCGGGUCAAUUGGUCCCGAACAAGGGCAAAUUCGACAAGGCCUGCGCAAUCGCGUCCAUUUGCUUCUCGAUUGCGGGCGCCUUGGGAUUGAUCCUCCUUUCGAUCUUUGAUACUCUUCGUCAUCCGAAUAUGCAUGAUGGCUUUUUGAUCAUGUUCUUGGUUGCAUACUUGAUUAGCGCCAUUCUCAUUUGUGGCGAAUACUGGCGUUUGGGGAUCUUCUAUCGCUCCCAGCACCGAGUGCUCCUGGCCAGUUUCAUUAUUAAGCUCUCAUUCGUCAUCAUUGAAAUCGCGCUGGCCAUUGCUUUUGGUGUCCUCGGCAAGAAGGGUGGUCAUUACCGGAACGCAGCGGCAGUUCUGGAAUGGGUGAUUGCGCUCAUCUUCACGUUUUACGUCCUUUCUUUCGUGAUCGACCUGCUGCCCUCGGUGCGCACGCGCAAACAUGUGCCGCAGGGCGAGAAGGUGUCCCGGAAUGGACAGACGACAGCGGCCUAUCCCGAUGGCACAUACGAUUACGAGGAGCCCGUCACGACGGACUCGGCAGGGCCAAAUGCUAAUUACUACCGGGGACAGCGGAUAUGAUUAGGCCCUUUUGAGUGGGCUGGGUGUGA